GCGACUGUGGCACUGCAGUGCACGGCGAUGGUGCUGGGCCUGCCGGCCAACGGCCUGGUGCUCUGGAUGACCGCCUUCCGCAUGGCGCGCACCGUCACCACCGUCUGGUUCUUCAGCCUGGCCCUGGCCGACUUCGCCAUCCUGCUGACCCUGCCCAACGCCACGGACAUCCUGAUCCGCACACGCUGGCCGCGCAGCGCCCUGUCCUGCAAGCUCUACCCGGCCUUCCUGGUCUCCGCCUUCUUCAUCAGCAUUUCGCUGCUGGUGCUCAUCUCCCUGGACCGCUGUGUGUCAGUCCUGUGGCCUGUGUGGGCCCGCAACCACCGCACGGUGCGCCGGGCCUGCUGGCUGGUGCUGGGGGUGUGGCUGCUGGCCUUGGUCACCGGCACGCCUCACCUGAUCUUCUGGAAAAUGGGGACGCACAAGGGCUGCCCUUACUGCUACUUCAGCCCUUGGGUCCCCAGCACCAAGGAGAAGCACAUAGCCGUGAACCUCGUCCACGUCCUGGCCAGCUUCCUGCUGCCGCUGGCUGUCAUCUCGGCCUGCGCCCUCCUCAUCUGCGCCAAGCUCCGCCGAGAGGGUUGGGUCCAGGCCCGCCGGCCCAAGAGGCUGCUGCUGGUCUUGGUGGCCACCUUCUUCACCUUCUGGUUCCCGUUUCAGGUCACCUUCCUGCUCCACCCCCUGUACCAGGAUGAACCCCGGAUGCCGCUCUACCUCUGGGCCACCAUCUCCCUGGGCUGCUUCAACAGCUGCCUCAACCCCUUCCUCUAUGUCUUCAUUGGUAGGGAUUUCCAGGACAAGUUCUUUGGCUCUUUGCCGACUGUCCUGGCCAGGGCGUUUGGCAACGAGGGCUUUCUCAACCCCCCCGGCCCCCAAGAGAGCCCCCCAGGCGAUCAGAGCAACCUUCCUGAGGGGACCAGAAAUACUUCUGCUUAGACUGCAACGCUCACCUAAAUGGGCUUUGUAGACCCAUUGAGUCCCAGUCCUUCCUCUUCUUUCAGGAAGUCCUCCAGGGAACUCCUUUAGUCUCCAAUAUCCAGUCCUAUUUGUCUUUAGCAAGACUCUUUUUUUUGGCCACCAGGGUUAUUGCUGGAGCUCAGUGCCUGCACAACAAAUUCACUCCUCUCAGCAGCCUUUCUUUUUCCUUCUUUUAGAUAGUGGUUUCGAAACAGAAAGAGAGAGAGAGAGAGAGAGAGGGAGAGAGAGAGACUUAGCACUCCACCUUCCAAUUUGUGCUUAACUGUGCAUAUAGUUAAGGGGAGGUGUGUGGAUGCUACAUAUCUCAGUGCCCCUGCAACCAGAUAUUGUUACGUGACAACAUACUGGAACAAACGACGUGCUGAAACUAGUCACUUUAACUGAUUUGAAUGACUUUACCAACAAGGAGCCUGAUUCCCACUCUUGCAUUCUCCCUUGGAAUGCAGAUGUGUAACAAACAUCCCACCAAUUGUGUGGCUUCAAAUUUUAACCAUUUGUGUGAUCCAUGCAGGUGGGAAGUGUGGGCUGAACUGCUUAGGGCAGUUUUCUGGUCUGGGCUGUCCUCAGGGUUUCUCCUUCUGGAAGCGGUAGCCGGCUUUUGACUAGAAUGUGGGUCAUAUGCGGGUGGACUGGGGCUUUUCCACAUAGCAGCUGAGGGAGGUCCCCAGAGCAAGAAAGGAAACAUGAGACCUUGUCAUAAAACUUGAUUUUUGAAACACAGCAUGUUUCAAAGGACGAAGGAACUAGAUUGUUGAGUUUCAAAGGAUGGGGAAAUAAAUUCCCCCUUCCCCUCAUGGGAAAAUCUGUGAAUCGCUCUGCUAAGGACACAGUGAGUCUUGGAGUUGGGGCCACAGUUAGCAGGAUGCUAACCCUUUAUCCUGCCCAGAACACUCGCCCCCAUGCUGUGAAGAGAGAGAUUUUUGCUUUCUUGCUCAUGGAAAGCUCCUGUUAUUUGUCUCUGUCCCGGCGGCUGAAUCUAGACCUUAACUAGACACCACCAACUGCUGUGGAACUUGCGGCAAGCAGCAUAAUGAAUGUUCUUGUCGCAGCCAUUUGGAAUCAGACUUUCUGUUAUGGGAAACCGUCGUUCAUAUGAAAUUUCUGACAGUUCAAAUGCAGAGUGCUACUAUGGUUUCUCUCUCUCUUUCUUGUUAAUAAAGAAACAUUUUAAA